CUGGGGGCGCUCGGCCUGGAGGGCAGAUCCGGCCUGUCGCUGACCGGCCUUCCCACAGGCUUGUAUGGCCCCGAGGGCAUCCUGCCAGCUCGGAGGACACUGCGGCCACAGGGCAAGGGGCGCUGGCAGCAGCUGUGGGAGACCCCGACGCUGCUGUGGGAAGCGCCUCGCCUGGGGCUGGACACUGCUCAGGGCCUGGAGCUGCUGACCCUGCUGGGCACCCUGCUGGCCCUGGGGGCACUGCUGAUGCGCCAACUGCACCACCCCCUCACCUACCUGCUGCUCUGGGCUGCCUACCUGUCUGCCUGCCAGGUGGGCCAGGUGUUUCUUUACUUCCAGUGGGACUCCCUCCUGCUGGAGACGGGCUUCCUGGCUGUGCUGGUGGCCCCCCUGAGGCAGGCCCCGCCGCGCAGGCCAGCGGGCACCUCGCCCCACGAAGACCUGCCCUUCUGGCUGGUGCGCUGGCUGCUGUUUCGCCUCAUGUUCGCCUCCGGAGUGGUCAAGCUGACCAGCCGCUGCCCGGCGUGGUGGGGGCUCACCGCGCUGACUUACCACUACGAGACGCAGUGCCUGCCCACGCCCGCUGCCUGGGCCGCCCACCACCUGCCCGUCUGGCUGCACAGGCUCAGCGUGGUGGCCACCUUCCUCAUCGAGGUGGCCGUGCCCCCGCUGUUCUUCGCCCCGGCCCGCCGCCUGCGCCUGGCCGCCUUCUACGCCCAGGUCUUGCUGCAAGUGCUGAUCAUCGUCACCGGCAACUACAACUUCUUCAACCUGCUCACGCUGGUGCUCACCUCUGCCCUCCUGGACGACACGCACCUGGCUGCUGAGUCCAGCCACAGGAAGGCGCCGGCCUCUUGGCCUGAGACUCUGCUGUCCACGCUGUCCCUGCUGCUGGAGCUGGCCGUGUUCGGGCUGCUGGCCUAUGGCACGGUGCACUACUUUGGCCUGGAGGUUGACUGGGAGCAGCGCGCCGUCCUCUCCAGAACCACCUUCACCUUCCACCAGUUCUCCCAGUGGCUGAAGACGGUGACCCUGCCCACCAUGUGGCUGGGCGCCGCCUCCCUGGCCUGGGAGCUGCUGACCGCCCUCUGGAGGUGGACGCGGGUGCGAGGGUGGCUGCCGAAGGUCUACGCCGCAGCCCCGCUGUCGGUCCUCUGCGCCGCCACGGUGGCCCUGUUCCUCAGCAGCCUGGAGAUCGAGUUCCUGUACAAGCCGGGGAACGUGAGCCGGCCGCCCCCGGUGGUGGCCCCGCACCAGCCGCGCCUCGACUGGCAGAUGUGGUUCGCGGCGCUGGGCCCGCACACCCACAGCCCCUGGUUCACCAGCCUGGUCCUCCGCCUGCUGCAGGGCCGAGAGCCGGUGAUCCGCCUCAUCCAGACGGACCUGUCCAGGUACCCCUUCCACAAGCGGCCUCCCACUUACGUGCGGGCCCAGCGCUACAAGUACUGGUUUUCGCAGCCUGGGGACCAGGGGUGGUGGCGGCGCCGGUGGGUGGAGGAAUUCUUCCCACCCGUGUCCCUGGGCGACCCGACGCUGGACUCCCUGCUCAGACAGUUCGGCCUCCAGGACAAGAGCCCACCCCGGACCCGCAGCUCCAGCAACACCCUGACCCGGACCCUCCACUGGCUGCGGGAACAGCUGUCUCCCCUGGAGGCCCCCAUGCUGCUCUGGGGGCUCCUGGCCACCGUGGGGGCCAUUCGGGUCCUGCAGGCCCUGCUGGGCCCCCAUUUCCCCAGGUCCACCCCUCUGGCCAGGGAGGAAAAGCACCGGCUGGCCCACAAGCAGGACUCGGGAGCUCCAGGCCAACAGGCUGCCCUGGCCCCCAACAGCGGCAGCUCCCGGCGGAAAAAGUAGCCGCGACGAGGGUGGGGCCCCCCGCCGCUAGCCCCCUCCCGCAGCAGGGCCCCAGCCUCUGCCCGGCCGGCCGCCAGGAGACGCAGG